GGGGAGCCGCCCACUCUCGGAGGCCCGCGCGGUGCCCGGGCUGGCUUUGAACCGCGAUCCCCAGAUCUCAGCCUCCUGCGCAGCCGGGAUCGAUGGAGCCGCUAGCGCCUGUCACGUCCCCGUAUGGUUGAGCCCUCUCCAAAAGCGCAGUCCGCGGGACGGCUGCCACAGCCGGCCAUGAGGCCCGCGUGCUCAGCUGGGCGUUUUGGGUGGAGGCGCCAGCAUUCUCAUAAUCAACCUUUAACGUAGAUGAAGCUAUAAGCCGAGAAUAUAGGGUUUCUUGGUUUUGUCUGAUGUGAUCUUCUGGCCUCCAGGUUCUCCAGGGGCAUGGGAGAGCCAGCACCCUGGUCGCAUUAAUGAGAGUUUAUCAAGAGGAGGAGGAAGCGUACCAGGAACUAGUUACCGCAGCAACCGUGUUCUUCCAGCAUCUACUGCAGCCCUUUAGGGACAUGCGGGAAGUUGCGACUUUAUGUAGGCUCAAUAUUCUGAAGUCCCUGGAUGAGGAUGACCUCGGCCCCAAAAGGGUCAUGGCUCUGCAGAAGGAAGCGGAAGAAUGGACCAGACGGGCUCAAGAAGCUGUCGCCUCGAUUCAAGACAUCACCGUGGAUUACUUUAAGGAAACAGUGAAGGCAUUAGCAGAAAUGCAGAGACAAAUGGAACAAGAUGGGAAGAGAUUUGGCCCUGCAGCCUGGGCCACGGCCACUCCCCGCUUGGAGAGACUUAAGCGCCUGUUAGCUCGGGAGACUUUGCAACUGCUGAGAGCCAGAGAGUUGUGUUUAAAUCACAAAAAAGCUGAGAUAAAGAGAAAGAUGGAAGACCUUCCGGAACAAGAAAAAAAUGUAGAUGCUGUAGAUGAGCUAGAAAUGCAGUAUUAUGAAAUUCAGUUGGAACUAUAUGAAAUCAAAUUUGAGAUUUUAAAAAAUGAAGAAAUACUUCUUAUUAUACAGCUGGAUUCUAUUAAAAGACUUAUAAAAGAAAAGCAGGAUGAAGUUGUCUAUUACGACUCAUGUGAAAGUGCAGAGGAACUUCAAGUGGUUGUGGAUGCUGGGGAGCUGGAGGACCCUGCAGAGCUGGCGGAGCUCAACCGGCAGCGGCGGCAGCUGGAGGCCAAGCGGGGCAGGAUCUGCACCAAGAGGGCCCGCCUCAGGAGCAGACAGGGCCAGUGCAAAGAAACUCACCGGCUCAGAUUACAACAGGCUGAAGCAAGCAUAAGAUAUCUUCAUCAGCAUCACAGCAUUCAGAUGAAGAGAGACAAAGUAAAAGAAGAGGAGCAAAAGAAAAAGGAAUGGAUAAACCUAGAACGUCAAAAAACGCUCCAACGAUUAAGAGAAUAUAAAGGGAAGUGUCCAGCUCAGUCUGUGCUGAAGACCUGCCCAGAAGCCAUGACUGGGAACCUGCAGUCACCCUCUGCUGAUCCCCAGUGGGUGUCCAGGACUCCAGGGGCUGGAGGAGGACCUCCCGUCCCCCAAGGCAGGGGUGAGAAGACUCCGCAGCACCAAGACUGUUCUGGAACCAUCCCUGUCCAGACACAUCCCAAACCCAGUGAGGAACUGUCACUGUCAGCACCGCCACCGCCGCCUCCUCCUCCACCUCCUCCUCCACCCCCACCACUGCCCCCUGCUCUGGCCUCCGCCUCUCAAGCUGUCACUCAUCAGAACUCGGCCCUCGGAGCCCCACUAACAGAUGACCAGCCACGCUCCCUACUGUGUGAACUAGCAGAAAGCCCACGUGGUUGCGCUGGAAGUUUUCAGGGCCCAGGAUCUAUGGAUGAAGUGCUGGCCUCCUUGCGGCAGGAAAGAACACCUCUCAGGAAAGCAGAAGGGCCUGCUGUGCCCGAGGGGCCCCCUCCCCGCUCCUCAGCCAGCGAGCAGAUUCUGGCUGCCAUAAGGCAGGGGGUCAGACUGAAGAAAGUCCACUUGGACUCCGGCCCGCACCUGGGCCCCAGCAGAAAGCCAGCCAGUGACCUGGAGAGGAGCAUCAAGGCUGCGCUGCAAAGAAUCAACAGGGCGUCUGCCGACUCUGAGGACAGCGACGAGCAGAGCCCUGGAGAGUGGGAUCGUUAGGCCCUACUUGGGUCUGCCGCAGGCAGGCAGGCCACACAGCACCCAGGCCGGUGGGCUGUGGGGGAGACACUGGGAGAAAGCACAGAUGCCGCCACCACCACACCAAACCAGGCAGUGGUUUAACGCAUCGCCAGCCUACUUGAAAGAGCACCUGCCUCUCCGUGGGGUCACAG